CACAACUCCAUCAUCCUGCCAGAGCAUAGCCACAUGGAGCAGCUUCUUACUGCAGACUUCAGGUUCCUGCAGAACUGCUGACUGGCAGCUGCCUAGGUAACUUCCAUGUGGUUUAGUAAUUUGAGUGCUGGUUUUAAUUACGUCAAUCUACACAUUUGAAAACCACAGAGACAUUUCUUCUAAAAACCAGCUGACGCACAAAGGGGAAAGGAUUAACAUAUUAUCAGAAGAUGUGACUACUUGCUGAGACAAAUCAAGCAUUUUACAAACUUUCUUCUAAUGCCUAUGAGCCUCCAGAAUCUAAAAAGGAAGAAUCUGAAUAGCUUUAAGAAGAAAACAAAACAUCUUACUUUUCCUCAAGAUAAUUAAAAUGUCCUCAAGCAAUAUUUCAAAUUGCAGCAUCUACCGUCAAUUGGAACCAUUUACCUAUUUUUACUACUUAAUUUUUCUCAUUGGAUUUAUUGGGAGUUGUUUUGCCUUAUGGGCAUUCACUCAAAAGGAUCAGAAACAAAAAUGUAUGAGCAUCUAUCUAAUUAACCUCCUAACAACGGACUUCUUGUUGACUCUGGCAUUGCCAGUUAAAAUAAUCGUUGACUUAGGUAUUGCCCCCUGGAAACUGAUGAUAUUCCACUGCCAAGUGACAGCUUGCCUCAUCUAUAUUAACAUGUACUUAUCAAUCAUAUUUUUGGGAUUUGUAAGCAUGGACCGCUGCCUCCAGUUAAUGCACAGUUCUAAGAUUUAUCGAAUCCAGGAACCUGGUUUUGCCAAGAUGUUAUCUGCAGUUGUAUGGCUUAUGGUUCUCCUUAUAAUGGUGCCUAACAUGGUGAUUCCAAUCAGAGAAAUAGAACAGAAGCCUACUGUGGGGUGUAUUGAGUUCAAAACAAAGUUUGGAAAAGAAUGGCAUGUAUUUACUAAUUUUAUAUGUACCGCAAUAUUCCUGAAUUUUUCAGCCAUGAUACUCAUUUCCAAUUUUGUUGUUCUUAGACAACUUUACCGAAACAAAUACAGUGACAGUUAUGCAAACUUUAAGAAAGCCCAGGUAAACAUACUACUAAUAACUAUAGGCUACAUCAUGUGUUUUGUUCCUUACCACAUCGUUCGGAUCCCCUACACUUUGAGCCAGAGUGAUGCUAUAACUGACUGCCUUCUGAAACAAUCCCUCUUUAAAGCAAAGGAAUCCACCCUACUGUUUGCAGUGUCUAAUCUUUGUUUUGAUCCUAUUUUGUAUUUUUAUCUUUCCAAGUCAUUUAGACUAAAAAUUACUGAAACAUUUACUACACAUAAAGAAACAAAGGCUCUCCCAGGAGAAGAAGAUAAUUGAGAAAAGGUGCAUUAUAUACAAAAGUACUGUAUAUUUCUGCCUGUGUGUGCAUAUGUAGUAUGUGCAACUGCUGCAUAUAUGGCUAACAAGAUCAAUAAAAUUUCUGUCAAACCCUAAUUCUGUACAGAAGAAAACCUUAAUGAUGGAGCAGCAUCACGUUAGUCUUUCAGUUUCUUUCACCAAUCUGGAAUAUUAUACAGUUCCAGAAGAUGUGAUAAUAGUUCUAGGAAUAUUUUAAUGCAUUAUGCUUACUUAAGAACAUAUGACCAGUCAUACUAAAGGCCUAAUCCUGAGGCAAGAUCCAAACACGUUUCACAAUGCAACUUAUUGAAAAUAUUCAAACAUAUUUGAUAAAGGUUUAGGGGUUGAGAAUAUCUGGACUCACCUUUACUACACGGUAAUAAUGUUAAAUGCUUUCUACAAUAGUUUUACCUGGUAUAAUAAAGGAAGAAUAUACUCAACAGCAACUGAUAAGCUACAACAACUUUCCACAGCCAUAAUUAAUCCAAAUGCAUUUCAAAGGGCACCACUUUCUCUAGAAAGUGAUUUUAAACUGCACUGAUUUAAAAUGUUCUGUAUCUGCCAAUAUCACCUCUGCAGUUGCUUACAAAUAAUUUUUUUCAUGUUUUAAUACCUUCUUUCCCAUUUUGUGAUGUUACUGAAUAUUAAAAUUGUGGUAAUACGUAAAUUACCUGAGUAAACGUUGCAGAUUAAAGAGGGUAGGUGAACAAACAACAAGUGAAUAGACAAAAUUUAAAUACUCCAUUUUUGUAUGUUUGUUAUUUUAUGACAUUUUAAAGAAAAAAUACCACCAAUAAACAAGCUAUGUGAUAUUUAUAUACAAGACAUUUAAAAAAAUAAAGUAUCUUAAACGCCCAAUAAAUCAAAGACAAAUACAAGUUACUGCUAGUGGGGAUUUGUUCUAAUGGUAAAGCAAAAAUACUUCAGAAAUAUAACAAACUGGACUGUCUUCAUUUAUUGACCUGCAAAAAUGUAUUCGUAUUUUUACCAACAGUAAAGGAGCGCCCACAAUAAAUCUGGACAGAUCGCUCAUCCAACAUCUAAUAGCAAGAAUUUAAGAGUAAGAAAAAUUCAACUCUAAGCUUCUUAUAAUUUUUAAAGCAGAAGUGAUUAUUGGUGUUACACUGCAUCCCACCUCGAUCUGAUAACUACAAUAACUGAUGCAAUUUUGUUCUGUGUUCUAAAAUUAUCAGUUUUUCUUUGUUUGGGGUGAAUGUAGGCUCAAUCUCUUGGCUUAUUCAGUACUUGGCCACUCUCCUGAAGCUGCCAGCAAGGGUAUGUACUGGAACGGUGGCGUUUUCUGGGGCUUUAACACGAUCUCCCUUCAUUUCUGAAGAGCCUACAGUUAAAGGUCAAAACAAAACACAAAACAAAAAAAGACCCAAGGAAGAAAAACCUACCUUAAGUCUUCAAGCCACAUACAUUUCACCAUUUUUCACCAUUACUAAAUCUCAUACAUUGAUAAUUUUUCUGUUUAAUUUGUUUCAUUUUCUGAGUGAUAAUUGACAGUAGAGGUGAGAAAUAAGGGAAUCAGAAUCUAUCAGGAAGUUACCCAGACAGUAGUCAACUAACUUUACAGAAAAUGAAUAUUCUAGUGACUAACAGUAUCCAACUUCCUAUUCGGUCUAAUUGUUUAUUUGAUCCAUAAGCCAUUUUAAUGCAGUACA